UUCAAGAUUGAUGGCUUCAACUUGCGUGAUAUCGAUCUAUACGGAAAUUAUUUCACAAUUUUGCCUGAGCUUCCUCCUACUGUGCAUUCACUGCGUUUAUCAGUUAAUGGCGAUGAGAAUCCAUUCGAAUUGGUGGCCACUCCAAGACUCUUCGACGACUCUCUACGUCUGAUCACCGAAUGCACUCCAAAUCUCACUCAUCUCGCGCUUGAUGUAAAUCAUCUCAGCACCCACAUCCUUCAGCGCUACUUCGCAGGUGGUGCCAAAUCGCAAGGAUCACGUCUUCGUUCGUUGAAAAUUUGUCGCAUGAGGAUUACCUACAGGGUGCUAUUUGCAAUAGCUCGAGGAGCUCGAAACCUUCUAGAUCUCGAAACUUCCCAAAUGCUGUCGGUUGACGAUCGCUUCCUAGCUAUACUUGGUGAUAACUGCAGGCAGCUGAGAUGCAUCAACUUGAACGGAUGCCGAUGGGUCAGCGAUAAGGGCAUGGCUGCCCUAGCCAGGUUAGAGAACGUCAACUCGUUGAUCGCACGAAUUGACCAUAAACGGAGCACGCGCAUGCGGUCA